AUGCCUAGCAGGUUUGGUUCGUUCGCGAACCUAGCUCAUCUUGGUAAAGAGAGGCACGGCCAUGAUGAUCAUCACGCUGGAAAGCUAUCUGGAACUCCGUCUCCAACUGCUGCUGUCAAUAUGGGCCAUUCCAGUUCCAAAAGGUCGUUACUUGGAAUCAACCUAGGCAAAACGCAUUCGAAUGACUCCAAUUCUUCAGCCACUUCAACGGAGGCUGAUGGCCAUCAUGCUCACCACCACCCAGAUAUACACUCUGACGAUAACAGAAGCAAACCCAGAUCUGCCAGUUCCAUGGUGGAACUCAAGAGGUUUUUCAGAAACACCAAGAAGCCAGCCCCUUCCGGAAAUCAUGGUUUGCACAACCCGUUGCAGUCUUUAACUUCAAGAACGGUGAGUCGUACCGCGAGUGCCGAGAUCGCAUCUCCUACGUUCACGCAUGAUGCCAACAACAAUAUGAUUUUGCAUGCCAGCCAGAAGUUUUGGGAUGAUGUGGAGGGUUCCCUGAGUAAGAAGUACGGCAAAAUGGGCAAGACUCUAGGUUCUGGAGCUGGUGGCUCAGUCAGACUCUUGGUGCGUGAAAGUGAUGGAGUUACAUUCGCAGUCAAAGAAUUCAGACCAAGACGGUCAAACGAAUCCAUCAAAGAAUAUGCGAAGAAGUGCACUGCUGAGUUUUGCAUUGGAAGUACAUUACACCACGCUAACAUCAUCAAAACCUUGGACAUAAUCUCUGAGCACAAUCAGUAUUUCGAAAUCAUGGAGUAUGCUCCCAUCGACUUCUUUGCGGUGGUGAUGUCUGGUAAGAUGACCAGGUCUGAAAUCAACUGUUGUUUGAAGCAAAUUACUUCAGGUGUGCAAUAUUUGCACUCUGUUGGGUUGGCCCACAGAGAUCUGAAGCUGGAUAACUGCGUCGUCACGAAAGAGGGUAUCGUGAAACUUAUAGAUUUUGGCAGUGCCGUGGUGUUCAAAUAUCCUUUUGAAGAUGGAAUCGUUCCAGCUCACGGUAUUGUUGGUUCGGACCCAUAUCUUGCGCCGGAGGUGCUGACCAGCACAGAGUCGUAUGACCCGCAGUUUGUGGAUAUCUGGUCCAUUGCCAUCAUAUACUGUUGUAUGACGUUACGCAGGUUUCCAUGGAAAGCACCCAAGCAGUCUGAUCCUAGCUUUAAGCUAUUCUCCAUGGAAGAUGACGCUCCUCAUGAUUACCUCGCCAGUGCCUCCAAUCAUAAAGCUUUAUUAGCCAAACGUCGACAGAAACUAGUCGAGCAGCGACUGAGGAGUGGUUCAGAGACUCCAGCGAAAUCUACGCCUGAUGGCGAGCCUCUGAAGGACUCUGAGAGAGAUUAUCAUGAUGGAGCGUCACACGUUGACGAGCUCACCCACAGACUGGAGCAGGUAUCUUUACAGCAGCAACAAGAGCUGAAAGAUGAAGUUGAACAGAAGCAAGAAGCGGCGAAUGCAACCACAGAACUACAAAGAGUUGAACCUUCUGUGGCUCCUCCAAGGGAUGAACUACCUGCAACUGAUGUGCAGGCUGCUCUAGUGAAAGAUAAUGCAAUAAAGCCAUGCAUUCCGGAGGUGGAUACUCCUGAGAAAGAAAAGGAGCUGGUGGCCGUGGCUCACAGUGCUUCGGCACCAGCCUCCAAUGCUGCUGAUCAUAAUGCUCCAGCCAAUGAUGUUCAGGUAGCUCUUUCUCAGGUCGAUCAGAUCAAGCAAGAGCAGAUUAAGGAUCCUAAGAGUGGUACCGGGGAACACACUCCAGAUGAUGUCAAGCCCGAGCGUCGUCAAGCUCCUUCAAAGUCAAGUCACAGACAGAUACAUGGUCCAUAUAGAUUGAUGAGACUACUGCCGCAUGCUUCCCGGCCUCUGAUCUCCAAAAUGCUUGCUCUUGAGCCUGGAUCUCGGGCUACGAUGACAGAUAUCUUUGCCGAUGAGUGGUUCAACGAGAUAAAAUACUGUACUAUGGAUGACCAAGAUCAUGUGCUCAAUGAUCCUGGGCAUAAACACAUACUCGAUGUUUGA